UAUGCACGUGGGUCAAAGAUGGUGCGCCAGAACGAAUAGCUCGGUAGCAUACUUAAGCUGAGAGUGGCGCACUGCCAGAUCAACGCAACUUCGAUUACAGAAGCACCCACACAAAACAUGCAAACUCACCUCCUCAUCCUAGGAGCUGGCUUCCUCAUCCUCAUCCACAUAGCCAAUCUGUUCCUCCUCAAGCCCCUCCGCAACUACCUCAAGAGCCGCAAUCUAGGAUGCGGACCCGUCCCCACAGAGCCUUACCACUUGCCCCUAGGCAUCGACACCAUCCGCCGCAGUCUCCUCGCCGACCGCGAGCAAAGAACCCCCGACUUCGUCUCUUCGCGCUUCCUCGCCAUGGACCGCUACACAUGGGCCAUAUCCCUACUCGGCACAACCAAUCUGAUAACGGCCGAGCCACGCAAUAUCCAAGCCCUGCUCGCCACUCAAUUUGACGACUUCAUCAUGGGUACAGCGCGGCGUACGAAUUUGAAACGAGCACUGGGGCGCAGUAUCUUUGCUGUUGAUGGGGUGGCUUGGCAUCGGGCGAGGGAGACUAUGCGGCCGCUUUUUAGUAGAGAGAAUGUGAGUCGGCUGGAGGUGUUGGAGGGGCAUGUAAGGAGUUUGCUACGGGUUAUCGAGGAGAAAGAUGGGGGAUUGAAGGUUGAUGAGGAGGGGAGGGCGUGGUCAGCGCCAGUCAGUUUAGCGGCGCUGCUGCCGAAGUUGACGAUGGAUUCGGCGACGGAGUUCUUUUUGGGGAUGAGUACGGGGUCGCUUGAUAUGUUGCUCGCGGAAGAAAAGAAAGAGCAGGGUAGUGCUAUCGAGCAGCACGAUGAAGAUAGUUUCGACCACGCAUUCGAGCGUAUGUUGACUAUCCUCGGAAUCAGAAUGCGUCUCCGAAGCUUCUACUGGCUCUACGGCAACACCGAACUAAAAAAGUGCAUAAAAACGCUCCACGCCUUCGUCGACCGCGCCAUCGACGCCGCAGACCAAGCCAGAAAACAGGGUUCUUCGUCGCUCCGCUACGACUUCCUCGAAACACUGCGAUCGCGCUGUGCCGACCGCGCUGAAGUCCGCGAGCAAGUUCUCGGUCUGCUAGCUGCGGGUAGAGAUACCACGGCGUCACUCACAGCCUGGGUGUUUUACUGCUUAGUGCGGAACCCACGCGUAUAUAGAAAGCUACGUGAAACCGUUUUCGCAGAGUUCGGAUCUUACUCAAGUACCAUCGUUGGCCAGAGUAUAACAUUCGAAAAGCUUAAAAGCUGCACGUAUCUACAACAUGUUCUGAACGAAACAUUGCGACUCCACUCCGUCGUCCCCUUCAACUCCCGCUGCGCCAUCCGCGACACAACCCUCCCCACUGGCGGCGGCCCCAACGGCUCCCUCCCCAUCUUCGUCCCCGCCGGCACAGAAGUAAACUUCAGCACGCACGUUCUCCACCGCAGGAAGGAUCUCUGGGGCGAAGACGCCGAUGAGUUCAUUCCUGAGCGGUGGGAGAAAAGGCGGCCGGGGUCAACUUGGCAGUACGUGCCGUUUAAUGGGGGGCCGCGUAUCUGUAUUGGGCAGCAGUUUGCGCUUACGGAGGCAGGGUAUGUGAUUGUGAGGUUGGUGCAGAGGUUUGAUGUUAUUGAGGGACUGGAUGUGGAUUUUGAGAGGGAUUGGCAUAAUUUUACGGUUGUGUGUAGCCCGGGGAGUCCGGUGAAGAGGGAGGAGGCGGUGCUGUGUAGGAUGAAGGUUGCUGUUGAGUAGGUGUUGUUGUGUUGGUAAUGCAGUUACUAGUGCGUUGUUCCAGUUAGUCGUUCCGAUUAUGGAUGUGCUCUUUGGUGUUGGCGGCAUGAGUUUAGUCACGUGUUGUUCCCUUCCCAGCCGAUAGCCCAUGAUAGAAUGUACGCACGACUCUCGCUCUUUCCAUGUUCAUCGACACCGUCCUCGUAUCGAUGCCAUCUGUAUGCCGAGUCAUACAAUGACCAACGGUCUCUAGGUCCGACUAACGAGACCGGGCCGAAUCCGGUAUGAAGGCACUAGUAUCGCCGAGAGUCUUGAGCU